AUGUCGACGGCAAGCAACACUACCAUGGCAGCGCCAGAACGCACUGGCAGCAAGGCAGACGACGCUCCGCACCAACACCACGCAGGAGCCGCAGAUUCGGAGAAGAACCUCUCGGAUGAAGAAAAAGUGACCAUCAAGCCACAAGAGCAAAAUGACGACGACUACCCGCAGGGAUUGACACUAUUCUUCCUUACCUUGGCUCUGGCCCUGGGCAUGUUCAUGAUGGCCUUGGACAAUACCAUCGUUGCGACCGCGAUUCCCAAAAUCACCGACGAGUUUCACGGCCUCUCCGACGUCGCCUGGUACGGCUCUGCCUACUUCAUGACCGCCGGCGGCUUCCAGCCGCUCUGGGGCAAGGCCUAUAAGUACUUCCCCCUCAAGACCACCUACCUCGUUGCCUUCUUCAUCUUCGAGCUCGGCAGCCUCGUCUGCGGCGUUGCCCCGACCUCCACCGGCUUCAUCGUCGGCCGAGCCGUCGCCGGCGUUGGCGCCGGCGGCAUCGGCUCCGGAAGCUACACCCUCCUCGCCUUCGCCGUGCCCCCGCGCCGCCGGCCCCUCUACACUGGCAUCAUCGGCGCCUCCUACGGCGCCGCCUCGGUCGUCGCCCCGCUGAUCGGCGGCGUCUUCGCCGACCGCGUCACCUGGCGCUGGUGCUUCUACGUCAACCUGCCCAUCGGCGCCGUCUCCGGGGCCAUCAUCCUGCUCUUCUUCCGCACGCCGGCGCUCGCGAAGCCCGCGGUGGCAACGCGCCGCGAGAAGGCGCUGCAGAUGGAUCCGGUGGGCGUGGCGCUCGCGAUGGGCGCGGUGAUCGCGUUCGUGCUCGCCAUGCAGGCCGGCGGGCAGACGGACCCGUGGAGGUCGUCCAAGGUGGUCUGGCUGCUCGUCGGGUUCGUCUUGAUCGUCGCGGCAUUUGUGGGCUGGGAGGUGUACAGCGGCAGCCGGGCCAUGGUCGAGUCGCGGCUGAUGAAGAUGAACUUUGUCUGGGUCAAUGCCGCAUACUCGUUCCUGGUGGUGGCGUCCUUCUUCACAAUCGUCUACUUUUUGCCCGUCUACUUUCAGAGCAUCGACAACGUCAGCCCCAUCAUGUCAGGGGUCAGGAACAUUCCAUUCAUCCUGGCGGCCAUCAUUGGAAGCGUCCUCGUGGGAGCGAGCAUAGCCAGCAAUGGCAUCUCUACGCCGCUGAUGGCUGCGGGAGCAGUGCUCGGGACCGUUUCCUGCGGGCUACUCUAUACCUUCGAUAUAGGCACUCCAAUGGGCAAAUGGAUUGGGUUUCAAAUUCUUGCUGGAGCAGCGUAUGGCGGUGCAUUCCAGAUUCCCAUUAUCCAUGCACAAGGCACAGCAAAGCCAGAGGAUCUAUCCGCCAUCACUGGCAUCAUAAUGUUCUUUCAAACACUAGGUGCCGCAAUGGUGCUUUCUUCAGCACAAGCCGCUUUCGCCAAUAGACUGAUCCAAGUCGUGACGGCUGCGGUCCCGAGCAUCCAACCAGCGGCUCUACUGGCCACGGGAGCGACACAGAUCAGAGUUGUCUUUCCUCCCGACCUGCUUCCUACUAUCCUUGCCGGUUACAUGGCUGGUAUCAAGGUUGCAUUUGCUAUUACCAUCGGUGCCACCGGAUUGGCGCUUUGUUUUCUGCCCUUCGGAGACUGGAAGCGCCUAGAUCCAAAAGCUUUGGAGAGUGUUGGAGCAGCUGUUUGA